AACUGAAAACCAUGAAACACCUACGAGUUUGGUUCACGCUUUUGCAAAUGGCGGCGGCGUGACGGCUGUUGGCUUCUUAUAAAAUGCAUUCACAACGUUUUAAAUACGUGUAAUACGCUAUAAGGUGUCGUUUUAGCGUCAACGUAUACUGUCUUUUAGUAAGACGUCCAUGAAAACAGUUUUAAUAAGUGUUAAUUACGUAAUGCAAUGUUUUGCCGUAAAUUUUGGGCAUAUGAAACCUGUUCCAGUAUUUAAAAAAGAAAUAUUAUAUAUUAUAAAUAAUAACUUCUAGUCUGAAAGUUUCUACUUAAACUAUAUAUCAUAUUGUACUUAAUAUUUUUACAUUAAAUUAGAAAUAAGAAAGAACUGUGAUAAAAAAUUCAAAGUGUAACUAUUCGAGUAGCGGACUGUGCAAUCAAUUUUUAUAAACGUGCAAUCGAUAAAGAUCGGCCAAAGAUUUUUAACAAAUAAGUAUUACGAUGUAUAAAUAUUGAGCCAAAAGUUUUCCGGCGACGAUUAAGAGAUGGCGCUACAACCGCAACAGUUUUGCGUGCGAUGGAACUCCUACCACACCAACCUGCAGGCGGUGUUCCCCCGGCUGCUGCUGACGGAGCAGUUCGCGGACGUGACGCUGGCGUGCGAGUCGCGCCAGCUGCGCUGCCACAAGCUGGUGCUGUCGGCGUGCUCCGCCUACCUCGAGCGGCUGCUGCUGCAGAACCCCUGCGACCAUCCCAUCGUGCUCAUGAGGGAUAUGAGGUUCAGCGAGAUGCAGGCGCUGGUGGACUUCAUGUACAAGGGCGAGGUGAACGUGACGCAGGACGAGUUGCCCAGCCUGCUCAAGAGCGCGGAGGCGCUGCAGAUCAGGGGUCUCUGCUCCAGUGACACGUCGGGUCUCACGUCUGAAGGCAAGCCCGAGAACAAAGACUUCACGGUGGCGAGUGAGGCGCUCGUCGCCAACGCGCAGCGAGACACCAACACCACCAACGGCCCCGCAGCACCACAACCAAAGCCAACGACCAACCCACCGGCGACGACAAACGGCGCCAAGAAGAGGAAGUCGGAGGAGCGGCCCUCGGAGGUGAAGGAGGAGACCGUCGAGGAGGACGGACUCUACUACGGCGAGCUCGACAACGACAACUUGGAGUACAACGAGGACGAAGAUACAGGCAAACCAGGAAGCAGUCUUGGACAACCUUCUGGUGUUAGGACCUCCACGGAGAUCGUGACGCGACACUUUAUCGACAUGGACCACGGAAUACCGCUAAACAUCCACGCGAGGCCGCGGGUCGUCGGCCGACGCCCCAACGCGAUCGUCAACAUCGAAACGGACGUGUUCCAGGAGAAAUCCUACAAACAAUAUUCGUCGCAGCACCUUAGAGACGCUCUGAUCGCCGUAAAAAAGGGGUACAGUGUAUACGCAGCUUCGAAUAAAUACGGGGUACCGAGGAAAACUUUGCGGAAUUGGAUGGAAAAAUAUGAUAUAAAGAGUCAGUUCUCUAAAGGGCGGCGAGGCGCGCGCACCACGCAGAUACUGGACCCGCUCGACUUGAUGGUGGAGGCGCGCUCCGAGCGGUAUGAGGACACCUUGUAAGCCGAUUCUCACAAGCAGAAAUAUGCUGCGAUUAACAGUGCGUACGCAAUGGACUACUUAUAGUAAUAUGUCAGUUUCUAUAGUACUUAUGAAGUGUUUCCAGCAGAACGUGGCACUUACAGAUACAUGCCGAAUCAACAAUACACCUCAAUUGUUAUUGUAGUAUGUAUCGUUUGCAUAAGUACUGUCCUAUGUCGCGGUGUCUACAUAUUGCUGUAAAUGUAUCCAAACAGACAAAACAAUAGGCGGUAAAGUUACCGCAUAAUGUGCAAUCAAUACUGUUUCUAGUAUGUCGUAUUCGCGAUAAUAUGUCACAGUUCCAAAAUUGCCUUGUAUUUAGCUAUUGCCACCGUCGAACUUUGCUAUCACAUAGGUGAGAGCUGAACAUGUCGACUACAAUAAUAACUAUAAAUAACAAACAGUACGUCAUUACUGUAGUACAAGGCGACAGAGCUGGAACUACAACUAUUUUAUUACUUUUCCUUACGUCAGGUUCUUACCUGAAAGAGGCUAAACACUGAUAAAAUUAGAAACCGAAAGAAGCUAAGUAAGGGAGUAUUUUAAGAAAAAAAUACUUUGUAAGUUACUAAGGCCUAUCUAUAUUAUAACAGUAAUUUAUAAAGAGUUUACUGUAAUGUAAAUAAAAUAUAAUAGAGGAACAAUACCUGACAUGGACAAUAUUGUCACACGUCACAUGUAGUCCGUUUCUAAGCUUAAGCAAAUACGAAGUAUUGUGCCGUAAUAUACAACAACUAUCAUUGUUCAGCAAAAUAUUAUUUAGACUGUGAAGUCUCUCAUCCGUGCUCCACUUUCAACUGUAAUAUCUAAAGCAUUCGUCUUAUUUUUUUAUAAAAUACUCAAUAUUCGGAUAAGAUGUCAUUAUAUUGUCCAUGUCGGUAGGUCCAAUGCGGUUUAUAAAGGAGUAAUAGAUGUUUAAGCCAUAAGAUGUCCUACACGAGUCAGGACUCAAAUUUAAGUUAAAGAAGAAACUCUUGCCAAAUAGAGCAUUUAGUUCGGAUAAGCCGUAAGGCAUGAGGCAGUAAUGGUUAAUUUUUGAUUGUCGAGACACUCAGGCAGUAUUGAGUACUUAUAGUAUAGGUCAGUAUUGUAAAUACGACUACGGGGAAUAUUUUUAGUCGCAGUUGUAAUUAUGGCCAGGUUUCACGUUUAGAAGUAGAGUCGUUAUUUCUGUCCCAGCGAAACAUAUUUAUGACAAAACAGGACAUAAUCAAAUAUAGAAACUCUACUUUUGCGACAUUAAUACCGCUUUCUGAUUCCUUGCCACUUAGGUAACUUUGGCCAUGUUCAAAAUAAUGGUUUUAUUUGAGACAUAUGGAGUUCUUCAAAAUAGGGCAAAUAAGUAUUUGUUUCCUUCUUUUUUGUCGUUUUAUUACUCAAGCUGUAUGAUUGUCUGCUAGCACAGUAGUGUAAGAAAAUAAAUAAAUCAAGCCACUAAAAAGUAAUGUAACAUUAGAGGUAUAAUGUUUUUUUACUUUGAACGUAUGUUACCUGUUCGGCUAACAACUUGAGAUGUUGCUAAUAACUGUCACUGCUUUUAUGCCGUCAAUAAAUAAGUUAUUGUACCUAAUUUGUAAUAUACAUAUAUAGAGUUUACAGGAAAAUAAAAGGUGAAAAAUAAGAGCCAAAGAUUUUAAAGUAAUAUAAGAACAUUAAUAUGUCCAUUUCAUGCAAAAAUAUAUUAGUGUCCGAGUGCCACUUUGUAUAAUACUUCUUUAUAAUUUAUUGUGUGUUGGAAUAAGUUACGGAAUAAUCUACGCUCAUCUCAUUGGUCAAGGGCAGCUGGAGGGUUUUAGUGUGUAAGGCAAACCCGAUUUUGUUUUUAAAUCUUUGAAAUAAUCAGUACUGAGUUUACUUAUAGUGGUGCAUAACUGCAUAAUGUUUUUCGUUUAAAUAAGCCUUGGUACACUGUCAUUAAUUGUACGUUGUGACCUGUAGCGGUUAGCGACCACUUUUCAUGAGCGAAUAAGAUAAAAUUUCAUUAAGAAAACAUGUGUGUUAAUAAGUAUAAUGGAGUUUAUAAUUCGGUAGAGUAAUUUGACAGGUCAUAUUAUGUUGCCAGAGGUCCAGGGAUUUUAAUAGUUAUGCGGCAAAUGUCGAUAUCUCUAAAUCGACAUUUACAAGUUUUUUUUGUAAGUUAAUAUGAAUUCAAUAUAAAAUGAUUAAUGCAAUACCUCCACCGUGGUGAAUCGCAAUAUUUUAAUCGGACACCAAUAUUGUCUCUAUUGAUUCUACAGGAUGGAAGAAAGGUAUUUGUAAGUUUGAAUUUAAUUUUGCGGAGAUAAAAAUAAGAGUUUUGGAGAUAUUCAUGUAAUUUUGGACUGUUUUCUUUUCAAUGAUAAAAUAUUAUUAUAGAAUCCAAACAAAAAUAUCGUUUUAGCGAUGGAAUCUGUUUUCUUUUAUCGAUAUAACAGCACUAAGGGUUGAUUGUAGACAUUUUUACUUUUACAGUUGUCGAACUACUCCGUCAUUGGCAUAUUUAAGGCUUUUACAACUCCAAAUACUAAAUUGUAUAACCAUAAAGUAAAUAUUUAGAACAGAAUAAGCUAAAGACAAUAAAAAAUUCAGUCAUAAUUACAUAUUAAUGAAAUAUGAAUUUCAGUAGCCGACCACCACAUUUUAGUUUAUUGUAAGGUGAAAAAUUACUUAAAAACCUUAAGUAGGCAACAAAACUUACCUUUGAACGUCGCACGGCUUGUUACUUCUUUGUUAAUUUACUGUAAAUUUACAUUAUGCCCACCUUCAGUUAACACGUAAAUGAAAAGUCAUUAUUUUAUUUUAGGGUAAACGGUUGGUAUGAAAUUUUGACAAAAAUUAUUAAAAAAUAUCAAUUGUAUUUAUUUCGAAAAGCAAGGGUAUUGUUUGUAUAGUGUGCGUGAGAAGUAUAGCUGCACACGCAUAUUACGAUGGAUAGUGUCGGGAAAAGUGCUUGGAUCUGUCCCCCACCCCGCGACACCCCGCAACACCCCCACUCAAAAGGUGGAGAGACGCGUCUUCGUGCAUUCAUACAAUGAACUUUAUAACGAUUUAAAAUUUUAUUACUAUACAUGAAAUGACAUGUCGCCACAGUCUGGCGUGUUCUCUCUGAAUCUAGUAAGUACAUAACAUAUUCUUUACAAAACACUCUUAUAUACUUAGCUAAUAUUAUUAGUCUAUUGGGUGAUUUCAUUUCUCUUUGUAUUCUUCAUAAUAUUAUUACAACAGAAGUGAAUGAAUAUAAUAUAUCUAACAUUAGUCAUCGCAAUUAGUUAAUUGGCCUCGUUGGUGUAGUUAUAAUGCGUACGCAAUACGUCUACCGCACCGGGGACUUGGUAUCGAAACCCGGGUCAGGCCAAAAAUAUUUGUGACUGGGUUUUACAUCUUAAAAAUUACUCAGUCGCAGCUCGGAAUCAGGAAGCUGGUCGUGUUGAUACCUCCUUGCGUCGAUAAAUACGCAAAGCCGGUAGUCCUGCGUCUGAUCUCUCCGGUCAUGUCGGAUUGCCGUCUCACCGGAUUAUGACAGGAAAAGAACAGAGAGUGCACCUGUGUAUUGCGCACACACUUGUGCACUAUAAUAUCUCCUGCGUACUUGGCCGAUCUCCGUUGAGAUUGGCUGUCUGUCCGUAACCUUUUUAAGUUAUAUUGCGACGGAUUUUAAGUAAUACGCCGUACUUAUAAGUAAGUAGGUAAUAAAUGUAUAAACCUCUAAACUGGCGUGGUUUGGUAACUGUGUACUUAAAUGUCUAGUCUAACUUGUAUUUUAAGUAUCUUCUUAAAUAUUCUAGAAGGUUCGUAUAUUUAUGUUUAGUGACUAGGUGAGCGGUAAUACUUAUUUACUUUUAAUAGCAUAUUUGACAUGCGGCAUUGUAGAAGUUUGGUGUGUAACUUACAUUCGACACAAAGAUUAAGUAAUCCGAUUUAUAGCUUACAAUUUUCACUCAAUUCAGAUAUUCUGUCGGUGACGAGUAAUGCGUGCCAAUUAUUUUGGUAUUUUGGGUGAAUAUAUGAUAAAAUAUAUAUUUUUUUCGUAUUAUUGUACGUUCCUUCGCCAUAGCAUUAAUAUAUCUAUAAUUUAAAACUAAUUAAACAAGAAGAUACUUAAAACAUCGGUAGCAUAAGAAUAUUUUGUAAUUAUUAGUAUGAUUUAUUUAUGUUGUCAUAAAUUCCAAAGAUGAAGAACUCUUUAAUUUCAGGUAAAAUAAUCCUAAAUGAUAAGCAAAAUAAGUUUCAUGACAUUAUGAAAGAUAAGACAUUUUGUGAAAUAAGUAUAAUUAAUAGUUGAGAAUUGCAGGGAGUUAAUGUACCUAUUCUUUAAUUUAGUACUUUAUUCUUUACACAGCACCGAAUGUCGCAAUGAAGAAACCUUUUUUAUAAAGAGGGUGAAAAGUAGUUGGAAAUUGUGGCAGUAAUUUAUUUUUCCCAUAUUUGUUACUUUCAGAUCUGAAAAGCUUGUUACUUAUUUGUUUAUGAGAAGUACUUACUUAGAUAUUGAGUAAUCAUUUCACAAAAUGUCUGAUUUGUUGUCAAAUCGUGUUUUUGGUGCAAUAAGCUCCAUCAAGAAUUCUCUAUUAAAUAUAAAAAUCAAGAGGUCUUUUUGUCUGUAAUAUGUCAAGUAAACUAGAAAUAAUUGUUUAUAAAUAAGUAUAGGUCCGUGCAGUACGCGAGUAAUCCGCCUGACACAGUGAAUUCACAUCUACUGCAUAUUUUUUUAACACUCAAAGGUUUAAUACAUACAAUGGUAUCACUAUAUGCGUUUCAUCGUCAAAUAUGCUUUAAUUUUUUUAAAGAGUUAUGGAAACAGCACCAGAAUACACUAAAGAAAUAGUGUAAGAGUUAAUGAGUGGAUAGAAAGGAACCUGUCUUAUAAACAGGUAUCCUCUGUUUAAUUAGAGAUUUCUCCUUUACUUGACUAUAUUAUGUUUAUGAAGCAACUUUAUAACAGUGGAGUGAGAUGUAUUAUUUUUAACCAAACGGAGUCCAUGUUGCUAAUUUAUGAUUGUGUAGUGUUGUGUUAAGUUCCUAAUGAAGCCAAAUUAGCGUCUAAGAUGUAUACUUUGUUCUUUUUUGUUAAUUAUUUUUGUUAACUCUUCGGCAGUGAUUUAUUUCAAAAUAAAUGUUUUAGUACCUA